AUGAAUGCGGAUUCUGUACUCAUGACAGGCUCAAAUAUGGACUCACGUGAGGAUUCGAAACCUCCACUUCUUCUUUCCGAGGAGCCGUCUCUAAGCCAUUCUGACGUAGCCCAUUGUGAACAAGAGAUCUGCAGCCCAACACCACAGUCCGGCAAAACUGUCAUGGUGAUGCCAGAAGACAUAGAAGCAGCAGGGCUAAGCACGCAGAAUUUGAGCGAGCUGACAGAAGAACAAUUCAACGCAUUAGUGCUCAUCGCUGAGCGGCGGCAACGAAGAAGUGAAACUUCAGAGGCGUCUGGACUAGCUCAGCGAGAACAGUAUGAUGAACAAAUGGCUGGAUCUUCAUCUACAGGCGACUCUCUCACAAUGGUGAUCACUGGUGAUGGGAGCCUCAAACUCACAGACGCCGCUGGUCAAACGUUCACGUUUGAUAGAGAUCAGCUAGCUGCUUUACGCAUUGACGUGAAUGAUUUGACGGAUGACAGCAUUCAACAAAUUGUUCAACUAGCUAUGCCAGCUAUUAAUAUUGGCAAUAAGAACCUUGAUCUCUCAAAAGCCGACAUGGAACGCCCUGCAAGAAUCCAUUCAGCGGUCCUCAGUGGAGAUUCCCAGAAUACAUCGUUCAAAAAUGAUGUUGUAAAUUCAUCACCAUCGGUUAACGAGCAAGUUCAAAUUUCUAGUCAAAACGGCCCAAGAAAUGCGUUUAUACGUUACGUCAGGAAUGGAAAGUGCAAGGUGCAGUAUGAUGAUGGUCGUUUCGAAUGGAUCGGCGAAGACGCUGUAGAUCUAUGUGAAGUCAAACCUGUGCCACAUUCGGAUCACUCUGGGUAUUUUGCUACCAAAUACCAUGCCGGUGCUCUGCCACAAGGCAGUGAUGACGCCGCAGUCAUUGUGGAGACGCCUCACAUGAAACGGCCAUGUUCUGUCGAUGCACCAUUUAACGGUCCCAUACCCCCGAAACGUCGUGGUCUUGACCAGAGCCCAAACUUUUGUUGUCCUGUGUGUGACAGAAAGGUCUACCAGAAGGAGCCGUCAUAUAUCGUGAUUCGGCUUCCCGCUUGUGAUGACUGCACAAAAGAACGGAUGAUUGUGCUUGACGAACGAGCGAGAAGACCGAGCCUCAGUUCACGUAAAUAA